CCCACAAAAUCUUUUUUCCCCCUCUUAUUCUUCUGGAUUAUAUUUAUACAUACUUUUUGUUGGGAAUUUUUAACUUGUGUAUGUAGGUGUGUCUGAUGGUUUCGUGAUUCUGAUACAAAAUUGAUAAACUACGGAAGAUUUCUGAUACAGAGAAUGAAAGAAAUAUGUCUGGAGGGAAAUUAUAGAAGAAAUACAGACUGGUUCUGCUGUAAAGGAAAAUAUUAUUGAGGAAGCUAAUUGGUCAGAUUAUUUCUUUUUAAAAUCUACUACAGGAAUUUAAAUAUAUUUAAACAUUUUACUACUCCAAGGUCUACCUGCUAUAGUUGUUUACAUUCAACCUGUAUGGAUUUUUUGAGAUGCCUUGAUUAGCUGACCGCAUGAGGCCCAUGCAGGGUUCUGGCGUGCUCUGGGAACUGAAGAAUGAUACAAGUGUUCAUGUGUUUACUGGUUCUGGGACCUUCAUUAUACUCUGUUACUGAGGGUUGUGGACGAGUCCCAGCAACCCCUGCUCCGACCACUACCCCCUCCCCAACAGAGCCAACAAUAAAUGGUAGUCUACGAGGCAUUCAGUGUACCAAAGACGAGGCAAACAGGACAGGAUGUCGCAAUGGUGGAACAUGUUUUGUGCUUGUCAUACAGGGCGAACGAAUAGCCAGCUGUCACUGCACGGAAGAAUAUGAGGGUAAAAUUUGCCAGGAUUUGAAUAUUGCUGUUAUUAUACCAAGUCAAGAUCCAGAUCAGGUUGCCAAGGCAGGCAUAGCAGCCAGUAUAGCAGUACUCAUAGUCAUAGUGAUUGUCUUUGUGGCAGUGGCCAUCGUUUAUUAUAGACGAAGAAGACAAGAAAGGAUGGAUAAAAAGCCACAAAGUGGUGUUAACGGAAGCCUGCUGCCAGAAAACCAUAUUCAGCCGCCCAAUCCAAAUAUGCAUACGUAUGCCAGAAAUGGACAUAACAACUGUAACAGCUUGGAAGAAAAGAAACCAUUACAAAUACAAUACCAGAUUACGUCUGUAUAGCAUUUAGCCAAUCAGGGAGAUGCUGCAAUCUCAUUGGAUAGUGCCUAAACACUUUGUGAUAUAUGAUUGGCUUGUGUAUAUAUUAUAUAUAUAUAUAUAUAUAUAUGUUAAUCUCAUUCAAUAUCUCUAAUGGAAACGUUUAAAGAUGUGCUGAAUAUAUUGUGUUGGUGUUAUGAUGACAGCACAAGAUAUUUACGUAAUUUGUGACUAAAAAUGUGUUAAUGAUCAUCAGUCAAAGAUGUUUAUAUCCAGUAUGAACUGUUUACAGAAUGCAAGAACCAGUUGCCAUGGGAACAAGGGAGCACCUUACCAUAAAUAGUAUCAUAUAUUUGUAUAAUAACAGCAUCAGUUCAAUAUUUCAUAUUUAAAAAGAUAGUUUUGUACAGCAGCUUUUUAAUUUAUACAUUAUCAUAAUCUGUUAACAUUUCUUAUGUGCAAUGUGACAACAGACAUAUAGUAGCUGGUCUUAAUAUACAAACCUGAAAUUGUAGUGCUGCUUACCUGCUUGAAGUAUUUGACAUCUUUGACUUUUAUAAAUCUGAUAUUCAUUACCAUAUACAUUAAGGGAGUAGCAUUCUUUUACUUGUACUGUUAACAUAAUUAGAUGUACCUGCUGUCAGAUUUGGUUAAUCAGAUGUACUUCUAUGUGAAGAUUAUGUCUGAACAUACUGUGUGUUUUACAGUCAAGUUCAGUAAAAGUUGGUAAAUCUGACUGAAGUAAUGUUACCAAUUAAGUGACUUCAGGGUCAUUUUUGUAAAUCAUAGAGACAAUGUCAGACAGUUUUCACGGGUAUUGCUUAAAGAACAUUUGUUUCCAUUGAAAAUCAGACAUUUUAACCUUGAAAAAUGUUUUAUGUAACCAAGAAGGCAAGCCAAAAUAUUAUCAUCACAUUCUAUAAGGUUAAGUUAAACUUUUGGAAAACAUGAAUAAUACAUUAGCAGUAAGACUGUCCCAGCAUGCUCGCUGAUUCAUCAAUUAUUCCCGCUUGGUUAUUAUGACCAUAAAACACAGAGAGCAAAAUGUAUGCGCAGUUGACUGUACUAUAUCAUAAUUUAAUACACCCAAGUCGGAACUAUAUAUGGAAUAAUCUGUAAUAAAGUAGUGAACAGCUGGCAGUGUUGGCUGUAGUACAAGAUUUUAAACAGAGUUGAAUGCUCUUUCAAAUAUAUACUUGCAUAGUUUUAAUUUAAAACCAAUUGCAGUUUUCUUUGGCUAUAAUUAUCUAGGCCGUUUUUGCUUUUUCAUCUUCAGACUUUCUAGACAGAAUUUUGUAAUGUAAUGAGACAAUAGAUAUUGGGCCUUUUUUGUUUGAAGAUGGUGUAAAACUGUAUAUGAAUUACUGUGGCAAGCUUGAAUUAUUGGCUAAGCUAAUGUCUUCUUAAUUGAAUCCUGUGGAACAGCUGAGUGAAUGCUUGAGACUUUUAUAGAAUUUUGACAUAAAGACGGCAGUAAACAUGUCGGGUUCUGAGUUAUUUUGUAUGUUGCUUUGAUUGGAGUUAUGGUACUUAGCAGUUAGGUAAAACAGAACGUUUUUGACUGUUAUAGAAAACAAGAAUAAAAAAAUCAUGUCAGUGUGUGUAUAUGGUGCAGCCCUUCUAUUACAUUAUUACAUGACUAGCGCAUGCACUGCAUGUUCUGUACUUUCAUACAGUAGACCCGCUUUAUAACAGGUUGAAAAAUUUCCUGAUAAAAAGCAAGCAAGAAUCCAUUUCACAUGUCAAAUAUAGCUCAGUAAAGUGUCAAAUUAAUGUGAAUAAUUUUGAAAAAUUUCUUUAACCCUUACCAUGCUAAAUUUCUAUAAUGGACUGGUCCAUCUUCCAAUUUGGGCAGUACCAUUUUUCAUUUGAAGGGGUGUUUACUAAAAAUUUACUGACUGAAUAGCGAACAGUGCAGACCAUGAUCAGACUGCACGGAUGUGCAGGCUGAUCUUGGUCUGCACUGGUCGCAAAGGCAGAAUCACUUGCCGCCAGCAAGCUAAGAGUUAAUCAUCAUAAGAAGGCAUUGUCUCCUGGUAUUAGAUCAGAUCAUAGUUACUUAAGGUAGCCAAAUUUCCAAGGUUGAACAGAAAACUGUCAAAACUCCUUUAUUUAAUACCAUAAAUGACAGUUUUCUGUUCAGCCCUUAUGUUGUAGGCAGGUUGCUGUUGUAGAGAGCUGGCUGUUGUUCAAGAAGUUGAACAGAUUUUAUUAGUGAUUUUAUUGUUACUGUUUACCUUAAGUUUGAUAUUUUGUGUUAUAUGCUUACAGUAUUGUGUACAUAGAUUUUGCUUAAUGCAUUUAUAUAUAUUACUUUAACAGCCAUAUCUUAACCAUUUCAUGUUCAGAUUUUUGUGUGUUCCAUUUAUUGAUACAUUUUCCUAACUUAUUUCAUAAGUAUUUUAUAAUGCCAUAUCAUUAGUAACAGUUGAAGUGUCCAAGCACAUGCAGAAUUGACCAUCUAGAUGGAAUUUCAUACCAAAUUUUCAUUUUUCUGUUUCAUCAAAGUAUACUUUAUCAAAUUAGGAUUUGAUUUACAUUUGACUUUUUAGUACAGUUUUAAAUAUUUUUUUCAUUAACUUUGCUUAAGGUAGUUCUGCACGUUUGGUUCUAAAUUUUUUCUACAGUGUAGAAUUUGAUUAAACUCUGAUUUUUCAAAACUUCAGAAUAUACCUAGAAAAUCCAGCAAAUAAAAAAGAUAGGGUCGUGGCUUGAUUUUUUGCUAGACUGAUUUGAAAAAAUUAGACCCCAUGCAAUUUUUCAUAAUGGCAGUCUAUGGGAAAAAUAUAACUUUCAUAACAUUUUCGCAAAUAGAAAUUUUUUCUACAAUGUAGAAUUUAAAGAAACUUCCCACAGUUGUAAAUAAGCAUAAUAUUAUGACCUAAAAUGUAUAUGUCCGUGUGCUUAAUUUUGAGAUAUUUGACUAUGAUUGAAGUAAACCGCACUUUUCACGCUAAUUUUAUGACACUAUUUUGACGUUUUAAUGUUUUAGAUGUUUUAAUAUCAUAUUUUAACUUUAGAAAGAGUGCCAUUGUAAUAAAUUAAGUCAUAAGUUGCUAUUUAUUCAUAAAAUGAUUUUCAUUUCCAUACGCCGAAUCCAGGCUUUAUUCCACAUUUUCCGGAUAAAUGACGUUACACGAUCACUUCCGGUUAAUCAAACGUGCAGAACUACCUUAAAAGAGUGAAUCUGUUGUCAUCCUGUGUAAACUUUUGUUCCAUGUUAAAUAAUCUAAUUUUGAUACACUUUAUUUGAGACGUAAAUCUAUAGACUUACAAUUUUAAGAUAAAAGAGGAAAUUUUCUCCAGUUUUGAGCAGCUGAUAUCAUCGGUUUAAAAUAAUCAGAUAUAAUGCAAAGGUUAGACUUCUUGCAGCAUUUUCCCCAUUAUUUGUUCAGAAACUCUGGGAAAUCUUCUAUUAUCUUCUAUGUAGCAGAGUUAUUUUCCAAAUUUCAGUUAUUUGCUAAAAUAUAGUUUCUGUCUACAGCGUAAUGUCAAUUCUGUUAGAUUAAGCAUUGUAAAAAAUCAUCCAGUUGUUACGUAUUUAUGAACUGUUAUGACAUAUCAACUAUAUCUACCCAUUGUUCUAUAUAUAGCAUAAUUUAUGAGCAGUUUUCAUGAGUGAAUUAAAUAUUUAUUGUAUGGUUGAUGAACUUGGUGUGAUAGUGUGUCAGAUGUUCAUAGAAGCAUGUAGAUCUGCUGGAGAUAGAUCUCCAUACCAGGCCUCACAAUCUACCAGUCUCCCAUCUUGUAUUAAUUACUCAUAAAGAUAUACAUAAAAAAUGAGGACAAACUAAUGCCUUGAAAUUCUAUCAGGCAAGAAUUGAACGACUGAUGGAAAACCAGAAUGUUCUGAUUUUACAUCAUUUUUUAAUUGACAGACUGUGUUGGUUAAAUUUCUGAGAAAAUUUUUUGAAUUUGCUGAUUCUAAUCAAAUAAUCUGAGCAAUUUAACUAACUGAAUUGAGAAUGUUUUUCUAUUAAGAUGACAUUCAUUUGUAUAAAAUUAUAUAAGAAUGUUUUUUACCUUGCAUAGUGAAUUACUACUCUAGACUUCAGAAUCCAUAAAAAUAUAUACAAUGUUAUAUCGGGAAUUAUUUGUUAAAAAAUUGAACAAAUUAAUACAUGUAAUACAUUGACAUGUUUAACAAUGAUAAAACUGAUGUAUCAAGAGGUCUGGUUUUCAUUUAACUUGAUUGUUUUCUUCACUUAAUGUGUUCUUGUGAAAACAAAUCACAAAAUGAAGAAAAAAGAACAUUAAAUUUACUUUCACAUCAUUUUACAUAAAUUUGAAUAAUAAAAGUCUGCAGGCCAGACUAAUAACGAAGCUAAUGAGAUAUUGUUCGUUCCUGUUCUUUGUUCUAGUUAUAUUCUAGUUUUCUCCUAGUUUGUUCUGUCUUUUCAGUAUAACAGUUAGAAAUAAUUUCCAUUUAGUACCAACAGCUUUAAUUGAUUUUUGAAGGUUUACAAUUAAUUGCUGUAAGCUUAAUUGAGUUUAUGGGAUUUUCCAAUCAAUGAGUAAUUUUAUUGAUCAGCUAAUGGUAGCCACCCAUCUUCAGGUAGAAUCUACCAACUUGUUGUACAGAUUAUUACCCGUUAUUGCUUUAAUUACGAUAUUUUCCUGCUAGUUUGAGCUUCUCAUCAUGCGUAGUCGGAGUGAAAAUUGAUAAUAUCCUUGCAUACCCGCAGUGUCACAGGAAAAAUAUGGUUUAUUUAGACAGAAAUUAAGUGAAAACUGGUGUUAUAAAAGUUAUUUCUCUGCAUGAAGACAUUGCAACAGCUCUGUAAAGCAUUUCUUGGUUAAGUUAACUGGCAGCUAUGGCAUAACUAAUAUACUGUUGAAAUAUGGCACUAAACACAGAACAGUUUGGAUUCUGUUCUAUAUAAGGGAAAUUCAAAUAUACUUAUUUGUGAAAAUAUUCCAGAAUCACCUUUCUUUGAAUAGUGGACAUUUUUUAUCUUAAACCAGAAGCCUGUGAAGAAGUUGCUUCAAUUAGUAUGAAUCGCUUUAAAAUGAGUUAGCAUAAUUGACAAAGUAUUUACAGAAUAUUGUGCCAUAGGGUUUUGUUACUGAAAGGCCAGCAUGACAUGUAUUACUUAUCCUAUUGAAUACUGUUAUAUUUGAAGUUUUCAUGUUUCCUACAUUAAACAGUCUUUCAUUCCUUGGUAAUUGUCAUGUUCCAGCAGUGAAACAUUUCCAAGUAAAAAUUGUGAUUUUCCAAUAGGGUAUUUUGAAUCGUGAACAGUAAAAUUAAAGCGUUGUAAAGGAGUGAUGUGUCUUUAACUUUCUGUAUUACGUCUGAAACAAUUCUCUAGGGUUUGUGAAAUCAUUAACUUUGCUUUAACUUCCUGCUUAACAGAUUUGCUAGAACACAUUUCCAUUAUGUAGUAUUUUAAUGUAACAAUUCCAUUUAAGUAAUUUAACUUAAUUGAUAGGCAAUAGUCCCUGCAGCUAUAAACUGUAAAUGGUUCUGGAUACCAGUAUUUUUCAGUAAUUACUGCCAGUGUAGAUAUUCAGUCUCACCGCCUUAAAUUCAAACCAAAAUAGGGUGCAAAAUAAAAAUACUCUUCCAUUUUUUAUGAGGUUAUCAAGGGAGUUAACUCAUGGUAUGUGAAAAGCCUCAACUGUCAAUAUAAGCAUUAAUAUAAAGGGCAGCAGUGAGUUAGGCCAGUAUGAAUAAUGAUCAGAAUCAUAUUAAGUGUAAUGAAAGUUCUGGCCCGGAGAAGAGGUAAAAUGACAAACUGACGUGGACAUUACUCAGUUCUCAAGUUUUGCCAUCUUCAGCAGUAUUUUCUGAAGUAUGAAAUAUUUUGCUCUAUUCCUUUUGAGACAAAAUGUAUCUCAAAAGCAAUUUUAGAAUUGAUACGGAAUAACAGGGUAUAUCUGCAAGCAAUAUUUGAAAACAAUAUUCCUGUUGAUGACAGAAGUUGUCAGUCUUGAUGACUCCCGCAAUUUAUACAGAUAUGUGAGAAAAGGAAGAGACAAUAAAAUGAAACAAAAUUCUGAGAUCAUUAGGCAGUUUGAUCACACUAGCAGACACUGUCAAAAAAGUCAAGGAUUGGCUACCAGUCAAGUAGCAUGGUAAAGGGCAUUUUAUAAAAAGAGAUUACUAAUAGAGCGUUGUGCUUUCACAAAAUCAUGUACGAAAGAAAAUAAAACAAGUUUCAUAUAUCCUAAAUAUAACAGUUUCAUGUCAUAAAUGUAGCAAUAUUUUUUUUUACAGCCAAGAUGAAGAUUCAGUUUUAUAUGUCAUAAAUAUAGCAAUAUUUUUUUUUCAAUAUAGACACAAGCUUUUUUCAUACGACAGCCAAGAUGAAGAUUUGAGGAACAGUUGUAAUCCUGGAAUUACUGUAUUGCUGUUAUGAAAUGGCAUUGACUUUUUUAUAAGCCCAAAGGGACGUAUUAUGUUAUGGUCCCGGUGUCUGUCCGUCCGUUAGCAAUUUCGUGUCCGCUCUGUAACUCUUGAACCCCUUGAAGGAUUUCAAAGAAACUUGACACAAAUGUUCACCACACCGAGACGACAUGCAGAGCGCAUGUUUUGGAUGUCUCAUUUCAAGAUAAGGUCACACUUAGGGGUCAAAGGUCAUAUGAGUGUGUUUCGUGUCCGCUCUGUAACUCUUGAACUGCUUGAAGGAUUUCAAAGAAACUUGGCACAAAUGUUCACCACACUGAGACGACGUGCAGAGCGCUUGUUACGGAUGACUAGCUUCAAGGUCACACUUAGGGGUCAAAGGUCAUAUAUGACUUUGCUUUGUGUGUAUUGCUAUGCAUUGCAGUGCUCUUGUUUUUAUUUGGCAGAUCCCUUUUUGUUCUCUUACAAUUAUUUUUUUUUUUAAUUACUUCCUGUGUUGUUACUAUAAAUAGCUUAUUUUGAAACUUUUUUAUUAUUGGUAGUAGGGAAAAACUGAGACCACUUUUCUGUGGUACAUCAUGGAUGGUACAUCCAAUUUUUAGAUGCAUUUUGACAUAAAUUUACCUGGUAAGAAUUUUUUUGUGGACUUAAAAUUUUUUUGGGGGGAAAUUUCUUCUUUUUGUUGUUCCAGUCCUUUGGGCUUCAACAGUCAAGUUCUUUAAAUUUUGCUCCCAUCCUCUGAUGUAACCCUUCGGGCGUAUAUUGCCCCGCUUGGCGGGGCUCUUGUUUCACGUAUGUAUAUAUAACUUCACCAUGUAUGUUCUUGUUUUUAUUGUGUUAGUGUAACAAUGAUUUACCUCAGUUGUUCGGUAAUUGUGAGCAUUAUCUGUUAUGUUUUAUAGACAUUUACUUAUUGUGUAGGGCCAUAGAUUUGUUAUAUAAAUUCAUUGUGAUACUUCCUGGCAACUUGCAGUGUUUCACAUAUUUAUUUCUGUAUAUUUUUAUUUGUCAGUAUGAAUUUUUAAUCUUUAGCCAAGACAAAUAUGUAUGGUUGCUAACUCUUCUGCUAACAAAUGCUGGAAAAAUUAAGACAUAACUUUUCCUCAUGUAUUAUAUCAUUUAAAACAGUGACUAAACCGUUUGUCAUUCAAAUUUAUUUUAAAAUGCCAAAAUAUAGAGAAAAACACAAAAAAAGUGUUUUUGAUAAAUCAUCUUUCACAUAUUUUGUGUCAUUUCAAACAUUUUGUGAUUAAACAGUUUCACCACAAAUUAAUAUCAAUUUUUACUUUACUUUUUUGUGCUAACAGAUAUGGUUAAGAAUUCUGACAUUAAAAUGUACCCAAGAUUAUAAAUUGCAGAAAAAACUUUUGCAACUGCAGUUAUUUUUUUGUCCUAGAAUUAUUUCUAGCCAUAAUUUUGUGAGACCUUGUUCUUUUAGCCCCUGCCAUGAAUGUGGAAGAGGGAUAUAGAAAUGUAAUCCAUCCAUCUAUCUGUCUCUCAUUUGUCCAGACAUUAAUGUUUAAACCACAGAAGAGAAAGAACCGUAACUAUCUUGAAUAAUGCUUUAAAAAUCGCCUCCCCUUAAAGGACAAUGACAUUAAUAGGUGGCAGUGAAGCCGAGUGCAGAGCAAGAGAACUGUGACUGUAUCUUUACUGAUGUUCUAAUUAUCUCUUUUUCUUACUUUAUCUUUUUAUCUGAAUGAUAAUGUUAAAAUCACUGGAGGGAAACUUGAUGUAAUGAUGGAUAUGAAAUGAGAGGGAGUGCAAGAACCACAACUCUGUCAUGAAUAAUUUUUGAGUUAUCUCCCUUUUUUCCUGAUUUUCUUUCAUUUGCAUGAUACCUGUAUAACCAAUGGAGACACUGUAACGAAACCUGAAAUAAUGAUAGAUGGCAAUUGGUUAAAAACCAAUUUCUAUCCUGAAUAGUGUUUUAAUUAUUUCCCCUUUUGUACUUACUUUUUUGUCUGGACUGUAUUGUUUAAAGCUGUGGAAGGGAAUGAAAAGAGAGUGAAUAUAAUGAUAGGUGGCAAUAAGAAGAACUACAGAGGGCAUUACACAAGAACCAAAAAUCUGUCUAAAAUAAUAUUUACUGGGACUGUUAGAUAGAGCUAUUGCACUUAUUUGUUGGUGUCUACAUUGGCAUCCCUGCACCAAUUUAGUUGUUUUGUGUAUGUACCAGUAAGCUAAUGUCUCAGUAACCACAGUGAGAAUUGUUUGAAACUUUGCAAUCUUAUUCACUGUGGUGAUUUGGCAUGUGUCUUUGGCAGGUUCAGUAACUAACUUGCAUUUUUACAAAAUUAUGCCCCUUUUUCAACUUAACGAUUUUUGGUUAAGUUUUUGUAGGUAAGGUGGUAUCUCUGUUACCACUAAUGAAUGAAUUGAAAUUCUCACACUUGUUCACUGACAUGAUCUAGAAUGCACUGCACAAUUUACGAUAACUUUAAUUUGCAUCUUUUACAACGUUAUGCCCUUUUUUGAACUUCACUUUUUUAUUAUUUUUUUUUACAUACCAGGUAAGCUGGUAUCUCAGUAGACGCUAGUUGGAAUGGAUUGAAACUUCACUCACCUGUUCACUAUGAUAAUUUGACAUGCGCUGCACAGGUACUAUUACUCUUUUCUGCAAUCUCAUAAGUUAGGCCCCUUUUUGGACUCAUUUUUUCAUUCAUUUAACAUUUUUAAUGACAAGACUUUUAAAUAGUCGAGCAUUGCGGUCCUCAGACAGCUGUUGUUGAAUUAUCUCCGUUAUUGUACAGAACCUGCGGACAGAACCUUUCGUGCCACUGGAGGGAGUUAAAUGGUUUAUCAAUAAAUGGUAACGACUAUAAUGUCUGCUUUCUCGAUUACUGUCUUAAUCCCUGUUCUGCCAUAAAAACAGCAGCAGGGGAUAUAGCUCUCUUUCAAGACUGCUCUUGUCAAAUGUUUGCUUUAGUUGUAUUUAGUCUGUGAAAUAAUCUUAAGCACAGGCAGUCUAUUAUCUGUUCAUACAAAAUGUACUUACUGUAAAGUUUGCUUAAACUGGAAUUUGUUUAUCCGGUAGAAUAUUUGUAGCCAUCAUAUGAAACAUACACUGCUGCUUAGAAUAAUGACAGAAAGCAGUACCUUAGAUGAGUAAAUUUUUCUGUGCUUGUUUAGCUAAACAGGACAAAAAACAGUUUCAAAGCUAGUAACUUUCCUUUGAAUGUAAAGCUAAAGGACACAGAAACCAGUUCUGGGGAGAGUUAGGUAUUUUGUGCUUGUAAAGCUAAAUUAAAUGGAAAACAGUUCUGUAUUGAGUAACUUUCCUCAGCUAAAAUGUGUUGUGUUUUCAGUUAUUAUUGUCAGUAGUGUACAUAGGGCUAUGUAUGUAAAUGUUACCAUUUUUGUGAGUACUCAUUUCUGCAAAUAUAAACUGUUAGCAAACAUAAUUUUGCAGAAGCGUUGUGUCAUAGAGAAAAAUCUUACAUUGACUUAACAUUAUUAUAAAUAUUCUGAUUGGUUAUAUUGUGAUGUGUGUAACUGAAUGGCAAUAAUAUAACAGUAAUGUUUAACACAUUUCCUGUAAAUAACAGCUCUCAUACUUUGAACAUGACUGUUUUACAGAUAACGUUAUGUAUGUUGCCAUCAUAUUGCAAAAUAUACAAAUAAACAAGGAGACUGCGA